AUGUGUUCACCUAACCUUCACGCACAGAUUUCCGUGAAGGCAUUAGGUAUAGGCAAGCAUGUACUCUGUGAUAAACCAGCUGGGUUGUGUCAAAAUGAGGCUUUAAAAAUGGUUCACGCUGCACAUCUCAGGUUUCUACCUACUUUUAUUCGAAUGAAAGAAGAAAUAUCAAAAGGCACCAUAGGAGACUUGACUCUUAUCGAUGUUCAAGUUAGAAUGGGAAGUUUAAUUCAUGAACAGUAUGAUUGGUUGUGUGAUGCUUCAAUGGGAGGAGGAACUUUAGCUCUUGUCGGUAGUCAUGUAAUAGACUUAAUAAAACAUUUGACUAAUAAAAAAGCUCAAAAAGUUCAUGCUAUAAUUAAGACUUUCAUUCAAACAACUCAGCAAAUUAAUGGAAUUAGACAUAUAUCAUCUCCAGAUUUUUGUACAUUUCAAAUGGAAUUAGAGGGGGGUUGCACUGUAACUGCAAAUUUAAACAAUCAUUUGAAUGGAUCAUUUUCUCAAGAAAUAUUAGUAUGUGGAACUAAAGGUCAUUUGUUAGCCAAAGGUUGUGACUUGAUCAGAUUUUGUGAAAAAGAUGAAAUUUUAUAUUCAGACACGGAAGUUUUUAAUUUUCCUACUGAUUCUUCACUUCCCAUUCCAUACCUCAAAGGCCUUUACAAAAUGAUUGGAGCGUUAAAAGAAGCUUUUUUACCAGUCGAAGAUAAAACAGGUUGGGUUAAAGGUCCUGUUGCAGAUGCAGCUUCUUUUGAAGAUGGAUUGUAUGUUCAAGCUGUUAUAAAUGCUCUUAAAAAAUCAAGCAUGUCUAAAAAGUGGAUUAAGGUUGACAUAAUUAAUGAAGAACCUGAUCCGAAUCCAAUUAUCUCGGCAGCCGUUAGAUCCAGUAUUAUUUCUUCCUGA